ACUAGAUCUAGAGGUGUAGUCUGCUAGUACCUACUUGGGUGGAGAGACUGGAAGCUUAGCUUAUUUGUCCCUCUUUACUGUUGCUUUUAUUUAGUCUUGGUCCAUUCUGUCAAUUUUUGUGAAGAAAUAUCUUUCUGAACUACGAGUUGCUGUAAAUCAACAACAUUAUAGUUUUAUACAGCUGCUAGUGCUACCUAACAGAGUACAGUCACGUCAUUGCACUAUUUUUUUCUCCAUCUGCAGAUCUGACUUCUGAACACUGCAUUAACAGUAUACAGUAACACUACAUAUAUUAUAACAACAUGGAAAUGGAAGAUCAACAUAGAUGGAGUGGACCAGGAGGAAUGGUCUAUGCAGGACUUUUUCUUGGAGCUAGUUUUGUAAUCUUUACUAAACUAAAAUUCAGAGGCGCAGCCUUUAGAAGUGUUGCCAAGCUGACUGGAAAGACGGCCAUUAUCACAGGUGCAAACACAGGAAUCGGGAAGGAGACGGCCCUUGAUUUUGCUCGCCGUGAAGCAAGAGUAAUUCUAGCCUGUCGAGACAUUGCAAAGGGACAGAAAGCUGUAGAACACAUCAGACGUCUCACAAAUGCAGGGGAGCUAGUUGUGAUGAAGCUAGAUUUAGCAUCGCUCAAGUCAGUAAAUGCUUUUUGUGAGGAAUUCUGCAACAAAGUCGGUCGACUGGACAUCCUUGUCAACAAUGCAGGAGUGUUUCACACCCCAUAUACAAAGACAGAAGAUGGCUUUGAAUUGCAAUUUGGAGUCAACCACCUUGGACACUUCCUCCUCACAAACAGACUCCUGGACUUACUAAAGGCUUCUGCACCAUCUCGUGUAAUCAUUGUGUCUUCAGCUCUACAUAAACGAGGUCUUCUUGACUUUUCAAAGCUUAAUCCAGAGGAAAGCGAGUAUGACAAGGCCAAAGCCUAUGCCAAUAGUAAGCUGGCCAAUGUGCUCUUUGGUAAAGAACUGAGCAAACGACUUGAUGACCAAGGUGUCAUUACUUAUACCCUACAUCCGGGUGUGAUCAACACUGAACUUGCACGUUAUCUUGGAUAUUCCAAGACAUUCUGGGCUGCUACAUUUCCCCUGCGUUGGCUCUUCAUGAAGUCCCCCUGGUAUGGAGCACAGACCACUAUUUACUGUGCUGUUGCUGAUGAGUUAGAGGCAGUGUCAGGGAAAUAUUAUGGCAACUGCAAAGAAGAACCUUACCCAGAAGUAAAGGGAACUGCUGAUGAUGCUGUUGCUACCAAACUUUGGGAGGUGAGCGAAAGGCUAACAGGACUUACUUCUGAGUAAUUCUACUGAUGCUGAGACCACAUCCAAUCAAAGCUCCUGAAACAAUAUGUUAUGAUAGACAUUACGUAACUACAUCACAUGUUUGUUCAUUAUAUUCUCAGAUGUACAGUGUUAAAAUCAUAUAGCACGUUGCUGUGGCAGUUUGUAACCUAAAACUUAGUACCGGUAUAGUGACUAUAGUCUAUAGUUGUGCCCAUUGUUUCAGCAUGAUCCAUCUUGAUUUUCUAGAUGUGUCUAUUCUCAAGUCUUCAUGUUUGAUUCCAUCUUUGGAAUCAACCGAAACUGCUGAGAAUUGAUCACCAGCUUUCAGAUUAUUGCCAAGAAUGAAUGAUAAAUGAUUUUUUGGUGUUGAUUUUAUGUGAAUGUGAAUUGUGAAGUUUAUGAAAAUGUUAAGUAAUGAAUUACAUGUAAAUUAUAGUUACAGACUGUUUUUGGUACUAAUUAUUUGGUGUACAAUUGUACAUCACAUACAUGUACAUACAUGUAUUUGUGUUUUUGACAAACAUAUUGCUCCAGCAAUUCUGUAUGUUGUGUUUAAUGCAUAUCAAUCAUGAUAAUAAUGGUAGUAAUAAUAUUGAAAUAAUAACUAUGAUAAUAUUAAUAAUAAUAUUAGUAAUAAUAAUAAUAAUAAUAAUAAUAAUAAUAAUAAUGGUAAUAAUAAAUGAGAUGUGUAAAGCUCCAAAUCCACUUCAAAUCAAAUACUCUGGGUGCUUUUGUGCAUUCAAAAAAAAUGCUCAGAAUAUGAUUGGAGCAUACUA